AUCAGGAGAAACCAGUCCCUGGAGAAGGACAUCAUGCUUGGCAAAGUAGAGGGGCAAUGAAAAAGGGGAAGCCCCUCAAACAGAUGUAUUGACACAGUGGCUGCAACAAUGGGCUCAAACAUAGCAACGACUGUGAGCAUGGCGCGUGACCGAGCAGUGUUUCUUCUGUUGUGCAUAGGGUUGCUAUGAGUCAGAACCGACUCGAAGGCACCUAACAACAUACAUGUAAAAAUGAAGUGGAUAGAUAAAUGGAUGUAUGAGUUGUGCAUGUAUAGGAUGGAUGGAUUAAAAAUGAAUGGGUAGUUUAGUGAUGGGUAGGAGGAUUAUAGAUGCAUGAAGGUGAAAAGAUCUACAGAAGUCGGUUUGGGCAUGUUGAGUUUGAGGUGUUUGAGUGGUUGCCUGAUAGUGGAGAUGGGCACAGGAAGUUAAGAUUGCAGGAGAGGUCAGGGUCAAGAGACUGAGGCUCUGCAGAUAGAAAGGGAUGAACUGGUUUGAGGAGGAAAAUUGGAGACACGCGAGAACCUUUCACAUCACAGCCAUACCGCGUCCCAGCAGGAGCCCCACACCGCCCCAUUUCUGCAGGUCCAACCCCUUUCCUGGGGGCCACGCCCCCAAAGUCGACUGCCGGCUAAGUCCCCUUGCUCCGGCCUAGUCCUGUGCCUAGAAGAGCCAGAAGUGCGUGAGAGCUCCAGAGCUUAGCCAGCGUCUUCCCCAUCGUUCCCAGUCCGUUUCCGGCCACCCGCUCGGCUGGGCGGCCGUCCGGACCCUCUGUGUCUGGCUGAUUACAGGACGUAAGAGAAUGGCUUAAUUGAUUCUUUCUCGUCUCCACCCCUUCCCACCAAUCUUUUCCUACUUGGGGAGGCUGGGCUGGCGGCAGGUGCUCCCGGCAGCCUUGUCUCCUGCGGCACCAUAGAGAUGUGGUCCUCCGCCGGCCCAGACCAUCCCCUCCCGAGUUUGGGCUAGAGCACCUUGUCAUUUCCGGUCGCCUCGGGCUGGGUAAGGGGCUUCGAUUUAUGAGGAGGACGCGGCAGGGUAGUCAAAGGAGAGAUAGAGAUCGGGAUUUGCACGCUGAGCUUCGAAGGGGAGUAGGGGACGCCGCAUGGUUCUGCCCCCUCCCCUCUCGGGGUUCCGGAUCCAGGGCCUUUGCUUGAGAGGGGCCUGAGGGGAAGAACAGGAUCAGGGACAGCCUCACGUCACCAGUGUGCCCAGCAGGCCGAUCUGCAGGCGCGUCCCGGCUCCUCAUCUCCCAGCUGACGCGUUUACAUAGGCCGGCAACGCAAUAAGAUGGCUGGCUGUGCCACUACCAACCCCAUGCAGACACUUCAGGAAGAAGCGGUGUGUGCCAUCUGCCUGGAUUACUUCAAGGAUCCCGUAUCUAUCGGCUGUGGGCACAAUUUCUGCCGAGGGUGUGUGACCCAGCUGUGGGGCGGGGAGGAUGAGGACAGGGACAAGGAGGAAGAUGAAUGGGAGGAAGAAGAGGAGGACGAGGCAGUGGGGGCCACUGGUGGAUGGGACAACUCCAUUCGGGAGGUUUUGUAUCGGGGGAAUGCUAACGAAGACUUCCAGGACCAAGAAGAUGAACCCUGGGUUGGUGACGGUGGCGUAAGGAAUUGGGACAAUAUGAACUGUGUGUGGGACCAGGAAGAAGAUGAGGAAGAUCGAGACUAUUACCUAGAAGGCUUGAGACAUGACCUGAGAAUUGACGUCUACCCAGAAGAACAAGAGCGAUUGGAAGAAUACGAUGACGACGAAGAGCUGUAUCCUGACACCCAUCUGCCUCUUCCCUCAACCCCUCAGCGACAGUUCACCUGCCCCCAGUGCCGGAAGAACUUUACACGUCGUAAUUUUCGUCCCAACUUGCAGCUGGCUAACAUGGUCCAGAUAAUUCGCCAGAUGUGCCCCACGCCUUACCGAGGGAGCCAGGGAAACGAUCAGGGCACCUGCUCCAAACACCAGGAAGCCCUGAAACUCUUCUGUGAGGUGGACAAAGAGGCUAUCUGUGUAGUGUGCCGAGAAUCCAGGAGCCACAAACAGCACAGCGUGGUGCCAUUGGAAGAGGUGGUGCUGGAGUACAAGGUUCAGCUGUUGACUGCUGUAUUAAACAGUUUGAAGAGACUGUUUAAACUUCUUCCUCUCUACUCCUGUGGCUGUACCCUGGACCUCAUCUUCACAAAGACUUGCUACACAUCUGAAAUCCUCAACUCCAGUUUCACUCUUAGUUUAGCUCUUAGCCUUCCAGUGCACUUAAACACACUCCAGUUAUACCUGCUCUUCAGCUUUAUACAGAUCAUUGUUCCACUGACUGCUAAUUUUGUUCCUUCCCAAUUUAUCAGACACUUCCUACCCUUAGUUCCUAUCCUACCAAGCCUGGACCCAUGGUUAGUCUUAGCAUGAAGACCUGAUCCAUGUUGUGGUGCGGAACAGGGUUUCUCAACCUCAGCACUAUUGAGAUUUUGGGCCAGGUAAUUCUUUGUUGUAUAGGGCUAUCCUGUGCAUUGUAGGUUGCUUAGCAGCAUUCCUGGACUCAACCUGCUAGAUUCAAGUAGCAUGCACAAACCCCAUACCACUUGUGACAACCAAAAAUGUCUCGAGACGUUGCCAGAUAUCUCCUGAGAUGGGGGCAAAAUCACCUCCAGUUGAGAACCACUGGUCUUAAGGAUCCGUGGUGACACAGCAGUUAAAGCGCUCAGCUGCCAACCAAAAAGUGGUGACACAGCAGUUAAAGCGCUCAGCUGCCAACCAAAAAGUCGGCGGUUUGAAACCACCAGCAGUUCUGCAGGAGAAAUAUGUGGCAGUCUGCUCCUGUAAAGAUUUACAGGCUUGGAAACGCUAUAGGGCAGUUCUACUCUGUCCUAUACGGUUACCAUGAGUCAGAAUCUACUCGACGGCAGUGGGUUUCGUUUUAGUCUACACUUGACGUUACCAGCCUCACUUAGGCUCUACUGCCAGUGCCUGGCAUAGGUGUUCAAGAGUGUUCAGUGGAAGAAGAGCCUCAACUAGUAUCAGUAGAUUAAUCGAUAAGACACCCAAUCCUCCCAGCUCUUGUCAGAGUUGGGUGGCCCUGGGUUCAUCUGUGUAGCAUCAGCCCCUGAAGCACCUCCUUAAUACCUGACACUCAUCUGUCAUUAGUCAUCAACCCCUGGCCUCUAAGUCAUGCCUCCUGAAACCCCUACAGGACCUAUAGAUUCUGUGCUAUUUCCCACCCCCAAUCGCUUGCCCCUCUGAAGUUAUCCUGUUAUACUGAAGUUACUACAGAAAUUUACUGACUGAUAAAAUGGGGUUACAAGAAGGGGGAGACAGGGACACUAGCCCUUCAUACCAGAUCUAAUAGAACUUUCUGCAAUGAUGGAAGUGUUUCCAUACC